AUGACAAAUUUCAGAAGCGGAUUCUCGUUGCUCUUUUUAGCGCAAGUGCUCUCGAAACUUCUACCGUUUCUGUUCAACUCAGUGUUCGUGUACAGGACAAUUUCAUCCACGGAUGGCGUUGGAGACACUUUAGUGAUGUUUCCGCUGGUGUAUGCGUUCGUUUUAUCAAUCAGAGAUGGUUUACGAAGGAGUUUAUUACGAAGAACUUUUAGAGAGGAAGGAGAAUCAGAAGAUGAUGAAGAAAACGAACGUGCGUUUCGAGUGGCCACGAGAUACGUAAAGCGAUACGUCGUAUUCGUUUUGGUUCUUUUAAUGGUACCGCUGCUACUCCUGCUACUGUUUUUUCCUUCUUCUUCUUCUUCUUCCGCGAAUAUGAAGGCUUCAUACCGAAUAUCUCUCGUCUCUUGCGUCUGCGCCGCCUUGAUCGAGUUAACGAGCGAACCGCACUACGUUUGGUUACAAAAGAAGCAACUCUUUGGAUCGCGAGUGAUGGCGGAAACUGUUGGGACAUUUGCAAGGACCGCGGUUCUGUUUUACCACCUGUCGUCCUCACAUAUAGAUUAUUCGACAAUACUAAGUAAAGAGAAGAGGAAGACGAACGUGUUGUUCGCGUUUGCGUUCGCGCAAGUCGGACAGAGUUGCGCGACGAGCGCGGUGUACGCUGCGAGUUAUUAUCUGUAUCGAAAACGCGACGAUGAUGUGAGAAAGAAACAGAAGAAGCGGAGAAAAGGUACAAAAACGACCACCGAUGGAAAAAAAGAAAGGAGUGACGACGACGAGAAGAAACAGCGUCUACUGAUUGAUUCGUUCUUGUAUCAGUCUUACUUGAAGUUGGCGUUGGCGGAGGGCGAAAAAUUCGCGCUGAUAGUCGCCAACUCGGAAGAUACAGUCAUGGGUGUUUUCGGUCUCGUUUCGAACUUAGGGUCGUUGUUUGUUCGGUUAGUGUUGCAGCCGUUCGAAGAGAUUGCGUUCGUGACUUUUGCGGCGAGCGCGACGAAAGACAAGAAGAAGGAGAAGUUGGGCGAUAUUCUUUCCAUCGGCGUGUUAGUCGGUACGAUUGCUUUCUUCGUAGGACCGUUCUUCGCCAAGGACGUCAUGUACUUUCUUUACGGUAAAAAAUGGAUGGAAGACGGGACAGAAACUCUGCAAGCGUACGCGAGAUUAAUAUUACCGUUGAGUAUAAAUGGAAUAGUCGAAGGCUUCGCGCACGCAGUCAUGAACGAGCGAGAGAUUAAAAAGCACGGAAACGCGUGGUUGGUUUCCUGUUCGUUCGUCAACUGCGCCUUGGGAUUUUCGCUUCUCAAAUAUUCGCGAAUCGGUGCUGCCGGAUUGGUUUAUGGCAACUUUAUAUCCUUAAUGAUGCGAAUAUACUUGACGUCGAGAUUCUUGAUCAGAACAGGGAAGCUGAGCAGUACUAUUUUUAGAGAAACGUUGCCGAAACCAGGGACGCUCGUCACCGUCGCCGCGUGCACUUUCGCGUUGACGGCAAUAAAGGACGAUACAAAUGGAAGAAAGACUGCAGAAAUGACGCCGAACUUUAAACACACCGUUGUUACGGGAGGUAGUGUAGCCGUAGCUCUUCUGAUAGCGCUGUUUGUUUGGGAACAGGAUAGAUUUAGAAACGUAUUUAGUAGUACCAAUAGUAAGAGAAAGAGAAAUUAA